AUGCAAGAGGCACGUAUGCCAGCAUCAAAACUGCCACACUCCUAUCAAGACGGCUCCACUGAAGUCCAAGGCAGGAGAGGUCAUUACAGACCAGGGAAAGCAGCUGGAGUGCUGGGUGGAGCACUAUCUGGAGCUGUAUGCAGCCCAGAAUGUGGUGACGAAUGCCGCCCUGGAUGCCUUGCCCAGUCUCCCAGUCAUAGAGGAGUUGGAUGCCGCGCUCUCUGCAGAGGAACUCGGAAAAGCCAUCGACUGUCUCCUGCAAGGGGGCCCCCUGGGAGAGACGAAAUCCCAUCAGAGGUUCUGAAGAGUGGCAAACCAGUUCUGCUGCCUCAUCUCCACAAGCUCCUGUGCCCAUGCUGGGAGAAGGGCCACAUGCUCCAGGACAUGAGAGAUGCCAACAUUGUCACCCUCUAUAAGAAUAAAGAGGUGACCACAGCGACUGCAAUAACUACCACAGCAUCGUCAGGAAAGUCUUUGCCCACAUCAUCUUGUCACACCUGA